AGUCUCCAUCUCUCUCUAUAUGAUAUGAAAAAACUCAACAUGAGAAGCAACAAAAAAGAGAAAGAAAUGAUGGGUAUUUGUGAACUUGAAGAAGAUAAGCUGUCCCAAAUGGUCAGAGAUUUUAUUGAAUUGGAUUGUGAAACUUUUCAAGUUGAUGAACUUGUUGAUGAUCAUAAUAAUCCUACUACCUAUCUUUCCUUAAAGGAUAUUCUUGAGAAUGUUAGUGAUGCUGAAAGAGAGAUUCUUGGGAAAAUCUUGUUUUAUUGGAGAAACAUGGUUAAUAAUAUGGAGCCUACAAAGUUAAGACAAUGGAUUGUGAAUAGAUUAAGAAUGGAUGAGUAUGAAGCUUCUCUUUGUAAAACUUGUUGGAUUACCUCUUCUGGGCGUCCUUCAGCAUUUCAAUUCACAGGUGAUUAUGAAUACAUAGAUGUGAUGAUGAAAGAAAUUAGCAAUGGAUCAGAAAGAGUGAGACUAAUAGUGGAUAUUGAUUUUAGGUCUCAGUUUGAGUUGGCAAGGCCUACACAAGAAUACAAAGAGCUUUUAAAUUCUCUUCCAUCAAUAUUUGUGGGUACUGAGGACAAACUCAAUGGCAUUAUCUCUUUACUUUGUUCAGCAGCCAAACAGUCCCUUAAAGAGAAAGGUCUACAUGUUCCACCUUGGAGAAAAGCUAGCUACAUGCAUUCUAAAUGGCUCUCACAUAACUGCAAGAAAAUUGCUUUGUUUACUCCAACUCUUCAUAUAGUUUGAAGGACUAAUUAAUUUUAAAAACUUUUGGAAAAAGAGACAACUAAUUAAUGGUAGAGAGUUUUUAUUUUUUUCCUCUUUUGUUCUAAGAUGGUAUUUGGUAGUUUGGUAUAUAUUAUUGUAUAUUGUCAAAACUCAAAAGGUCUAUUUUGCCUCGGCUUGUUAUGAUGAGGAUUAGAAGUGCUUGAAUAUUUUUGUUGAUGCACUUGUAAUCUUGUUUGAUAUCAAUUUUUCUUUUGUCUAUCUAGUAUUUCAUACCUUUAUUUUAAUUAAUUUAAAAUUAUGUCAGAUACUUUGUUGUAUGAAUAAAAUGUUUUCGAUUA